CGUUGAACAUAUUUUUAUGACUAUAUUUUCCCUUUAUUGUGUUACCCUCACUCCACAUCUCACAUAAAGAUUAAGCCUACACUUUAGGUGUACACAUUUGUGUCUACUGAGAUACUGGCCUUUUAAUUCACUAAGUAAUAACCAUCAAAUAGGUGGUAAUAUUACAGUGGGUGUAAAGGGGCCAAUAAAUGUUCUAACUGCAAAGUGUGUUGCUUGAUAUAGAGCGUUCGGCGGCUUCUGUAUAUAAACUUCCAUUCCCAUCCUGAGAGCAUUGGAACAUGUGUAGCCCGAUCGUCUUAUGUUUAUUGCAGAAGAAUUUGAAAGUGUCAGUAAAGUUUUAGACUACGAGGAAAACUUAGUCGAUAUGAGACUGGACGGAAAAUUUGGAUUCCAUUGAGGCUACAAAUGAAAUAAAAAAUGCCUUGUGGAACAUUUUUUAACUGCUGUAGACGACGACAGCGGUCACAAGACGAUGGCAAAUUGGUAUUCGGUAACAGUGAAGCGCUACUUAGGCAUAUAGAACAAGUCACAUUACAUCCACAGGAAAACCCCCAAACCGUUAACGCUGACCCGGAAUUCGGAAAAAACACACCUACGUGAUGGUACAAUGAUAAACAUUCCAAGAAAUACAGCGGGAAAUACAUUAAAUUAGCUCUGAAAGAGUAUUGCACAUUUAUAUGUUCUGCAUAUCCUCCUCUCAUUUUGACCGGUGAUCAUAACAUAUAUACAAUAAGUAAAUUUGUCAUUUAUACUUGAAUGGCAAUAUAUGUGAUAUACGUUAGCGGGUGAAUAUGAUAUUAGUCUUUCUUGGGAACUUACAAUGUAUUCAUCUACACCUGUGCUUUACGAUGACAAUAUAACACAUCAGGUUGAUACUACAUCAACAUACGUAGAUAAUCGGCUAGAAGGUGAAGAACAAUUGUCAGAAACUCUAAAUAUUAAUGACGAAUGCAAAUCUAUGUCAGAGGAGAGUUGUCAGUCGGUGAUAAAUGAUCUCAACAAGCUUUAUAUUGAUACGAAUAAUAAAAAUAAUAAGACCAUUAGAUCUUUUGUACAAACCAAAAGGGCGAAAGAUUUAAGGGAUUGCUUAAAAAAUGUAGGGGAAACAUCAAAAUCAUACCUUGAAGCUUUGCCAAAACAAUUCUACGUGGACUACGACAUAUGGGAUUUGAAGAGACAUGAAUCAAUACUACAGCUAGAUUACAAACCUAUUGCAGCGCUCUUUCAAAAUACGUCUUCCGAUAGGUGGUCAAAUAUUUCUUCCCUUGGGGAUCCAGAAGAAACACUAUACAUAUUACGCAGAGGCAAAGGAUCCGAGGUUCUCGUUGAUAAAUUUGGCAUAGAAAUCACGAGAAAACACCUAUCUUGUUUGCAUGGUUUACGUUGGCUAAACGAUGAAGUAAUAAACUUUUACAUGGAGCUCAUACAGGAAAGAAAUAAUUACCUUAUCGCAGAUGGCAUUCCAGAUAUACCGCGUUGUAUGUGCUUCAACACAUUUUUCUUUACUUUGCUUUGUGGAGGUGAUAAUCCUAAUCUAGAGUAUAACUACAAAGCUGUAGAGAGGUGGACAACGCGUAAGAAUGUGGAUAUUUUUGAUCUGGACAUAUUAUUGAUACCGAUACACAAAAACAAGACGCAUUGGUAUUUAGGCGUCGUUGACAUGAGACCAGGGUCACGAUGCAUACUUACAUUUGAUUCAUUAGGUGGUUCGCACAGACUUUUUUUUAAAAAUAUCAGACGGUGGCUGCAGGAUGAACAUAUUCACAAGAAAGGAAAACCCCUAGAAUCCAUAGAUGAUUGGAAAUACAACAAGCAAUUUCAGGCGGAACGUAUCGCACCAAUGCAGUAUAAUGGUUAUGAUUGUGGAGUUUUUUUAUGUCAAUAUGCCGAAUGUAUAUCUAUCGGUAAAAUGUUUGACUUCACGCAAAGCGAUAUCAAAGGCAAACGCACAUCAAUGAUUCAGCAGAUAUUACGAGGAUCUAUAUUCAAAUAAAUUGGUAACUCAUGUUAUCGUUGGGUACAAGUGACAUUUGUCAUUUAAAGCUUAUUUGACUCAAUUUAAACUGCAACCCAAACAAGAGUCUUUACUAAGUAGAUAAAAAUGAUCAAACUUUAGAGUAUAU